AUGGCAGGCAGCCGCUUUGCGUACGUGCGCGACUUUGAGCUCUCGGAUGUCGUGGUGCCGCACACGUACAUGCUCGUGCGCAUCGACGGCACGGGCUUCCACAGAUUUUCACAGCGACACGCGUUCUCGAAGCCCAAUGAUGCCCAGGCACUCGAGCUCAUGAAUGAGGCGGCGCGGCAGGUCAUGCACGCCUUCAAAGGACACAUAACGCUAGCGUUUGGCGAGAGCGAUGAGUACAGUUUCCUGAUCGACAAGUACUCGACGCUCUACAAUCGGCGGCAGAGCAAACUCGUGACGCACAUCGUCUCGCUCUUUACGUCUGCCUACGUAUUUCACUGGAGCCAGUACAUGUCUGCGCCCCUCGGCGAACCGCCGUCGUUUGACGGACGACUCGUCGUGUAUCCCGGCACCCAGGAGAUCCGCGACUACUUUGCGUGGCGCCAGGCUGACACCCACAUCAACAACCUGUACAACACCAUCUUCUGGGCCCUAGUUCUCCAGGGCCAAAAAACCGAACGUGAAGCGCACGACCUCCUCAAGGGCACCGUGUCGUCCGAAAAGCACGAGAUGCUCUUCCAGCAAUUUGGCAUCAAUUACGAUAAACUCCCCGCAUUUUUCCGCAAGGGAACCACACUCGUCUGGGCGCCUGUGCCGGAUCCACGCCGGACCAAGCCACGGACCAAGCUGUGCACCCUGCAUGUCGACAUCAUCGGCGACGCAUUUUGGCAUGCGCCACCGGACACAGCGUCACCUGGGAUAGAGGGAGUGACAUCUACUUGCUUCUACGAGCACCCAGAGCGAUUGUGUGGUGUGGGAUUGGGUCAUGCUGUACUCACCACAAAACCAUGA